AUGCCAAACACAAUGGCUUCUCCAACUCCCUCCAUCGCAACCAUAACACCAAAGACUCGUCCGCGCCGACAGUCACGAUUCACAGAAGGCUCACCCCUCACUGGCGCUGAACUGGCACAGCAAACAGCCGACAACGACUUCCUCCUCACAAUACUCUCGCAAAUGGACGAACACGAGAAGCGCAAACAACGCAGCGAGUCAAAUGCAUCGACUGAGUCCUUCACAUUCUCCGGCCGUAGCAGGAGGAACACCGGUUCGUCAAACGGAGGCAGCAGCCCUGUGCAAGGCGACUUUACCAUGAAGGAGCACGUUGGACGACGCAGUAUUACUUUCGGCCGAACCAGUAAUGAGGACGCAAGGAGGAGCUUGGAUGAAAAGCCUAAGGAGUUUGUGGAGAAUGUUGAGGGGUUGGCCAUUAAGUUCAAGGGCAGGCUGAGGGCUUUGACGGGUGGAAAGGAGAGAAGUGCGAAGCCUUAUCCGGGGACGUGA